GGAAGACGUUUAUUUCCCCUCAAAAUUCUGUCUUUAGAGUUAUAUAAUUCAAAAACAAGCUUAGAUAUGAGGAUUCAUUUCUGCUACAGAACACCUCCAUUGGUACAAUCCAAAAGACCAGUGUUUACUUUUCAUUAAAGAAUGGAGCCUGCUUGAUAUACCAGCAGGUGAAGAACCAAAGGAUAGUUUAUCUUUAUUCUUCUUGGCAUUGAGAGUCUGCUCUUGGAACGAUCAGGCACCAUGGGGAAGCGAGAUAAUCGAGUGGCCUAUAUGAAUCCUAUAGCAAUGGCCAGAUGGAGGGGCCAGACUCAAUCUACAGGCCCAACAAUACAAGAUUAUCUGAAUCGACCAAGGCCCACCUGGGAAGAAGUGAAGAAACAAUUAGAAAAUAAAAAGAAAUGCUCCAAGGCAUUAGCUGAAUUUGAAGAAAAAAUGAAUGAGAAUUGGAAAAAAGAAUUAGAAAAAAGUAGAGAGAAAUUAUUGAGUGGAAAUGAGAACUCUUCUAAAAAAAAAGAAAAAAAGAAAAAGAAAAAGAAGAAAUCUUGUCAGUCUUCAUCUUCUUCAUCAAGCUCUGAUUCUUCACGCAGUUCUGAUUCUGAAAAUGAGGAAAAAAAACAAGGAAAAAAGAGAAAGAAAAAGAAGAACCAUUCAUAUAAAUCAUCAGAAAGCUCUACAUAUGAAUCUGAAUCAGAGACCAAGGAAUCUGUGAAAAAGAAAAAGAAGUCAAAGGAUGGCACAGAGAAAGAAAAGUAUAUUAGAAGUCUCAGCAAAAAAAGAAAGAAGACUUAUCCUGAAGAUAAACCCUCAUCAUCAGAGUCCUCAUCAGAAUCAGAUUACGAAGAGGAAGUGCAAGCAAAAAAGAAGAGAAGACAUGAAGAGCAAGAAAAAUCGACAGAUAAAGCAAAGAAGAAGAAGAAGAAACAGCACAAGAAACAUAGUAAGAAGAAGAAAAAGAAGUCGGGUUCAAGUCACAAGUCAGGAUAACAAAAAAAAAAAUAAGAUUUCCUAUUUAAAAAAGCAAGAAUUUAAGGAAAUAUCAACUGUGAAUGUUAGGGAAUAUUUUAAAAAAUGCAUGAAUUUCCCUUUGUUUGUAGAAUUAUUCCUGACUGAGUGCCAGUCAUAUGCCACUGUGCCAGAAAGGGCCAUAACCAUUGCCUGGAGCAUAAAUAUAUAAUUUUGUUUGUGUGUGUGUUUUCCCUUCCAAUGGUUAAUUCUUCUGAGAGCUAAAACCCUGUUGUUCCUGCUAGUAGUUAAAACAUUUGGAAUUUAAUUAAAAUGUUUUAG